AUGUUAUUAUUUAUAUUAUUUCCUAUUCUACUUUCAUAAACUUAAAUCUGCCUUAAUUUACAUUUCAACUCUUAACAAAUAUAUAAGGUACUCAAAUCCUAUUCAAUUUAGAUAAAUUCUAUUAUAAUCUGUUUAUUCUUCUAAACUACUGACAAUCUCUCAUGCGGAUAGGUGUAUUUAUUAAAAAUCGACUAAUAUACCAAACCCAGGAACUUAAUUAAAAUCUCUCCUCUAAUAUGA